AUGAAGGUGCCUUCGGCCAUCGGCCUCCUUGCGUGGGCCACAAUUCAGGCUUCCGAAGCAGUUCGCCUGGACAGGAGUUUCCUUAGCCUCUCUGCUGACGCUGUUUUGGCUGAGACGACAAGCCGACAGUCACUGCAAGAUGCUCUGGACGAGUUUUGCCAAAGCGAGGCUCAGGACGCUUGCAAGAAGGGGUUGAAACGGUACUGUGGCGCAAAUGUCUAUGCCAGAUACGACGGACGAAAGAACAACCUUAACAGCAAAGAAUGGCGCUGUUACGCAGAGGAAGCGCUUAACUUUGAAACAGCUCGCGCAGGUUGCGUGGACACCUGCGGCAGAAAGAAGAUGUGCCUCGGCGCAUAUGCUGGCACAACGGAAACUUACCUAUCACGCCACAGCCAACUGCAGAAGAAAGUUGAUUCACUGAAGGGCGAACUUUGCAGCGCCCCUGCGCCCACUCUUCAGGAGGCCUUGGACAGAAAGUGUAUGAAAGAAGGUGAAGAAGCAUGCAAGCAGGGGCUCUGGGCCUACUGCGACGUUGCCUUGUACGCGCGCCAUGACGUCGGAAAUACUUCUCAGACAGAGCGGGAAUGGCGCUGCUAUGCACAGGAUGCGCUUGACUUCGCCUUGUCUGGCGAUGGCUGUGUGGACGAUUGCGGGAAAAUCACAGCGUGCCGUGGAGCGGUAAAUGGAACCUCCACUACACACCUUUCACGUGGAACAGCCCUCAUGUCAGUUAUUGCCGCAGACAAGGGACUGUACUGCAGCACCCCUGAAGAACCGGAGAGAGAGGAGUCAACAGACAGCGAGGACUCAAUGGAGAGCGAGGACUCAAUGGAGAGCGAGGACUCAGUCGAGGGCGAGGAGGCACCGGAGGAGGAGGUGACCGUCGACGUGCCAGAGACAUCUACACCUCCCGCGUCUUCAUCUAAUCUGCAGCAUCUCUUGGACCAGAUGUGUGUUGAGGAAGCCAAGACAGCGUGCGGACAAGGCUUGAAGGACUACUGCAAUGCCAGCAUCUACGCCAGAUACGACCUAGGGACUGCGGGACAGACGGCCAAGGAGUGGCGUUGCUAUCUGCAGCAGUCCCUUGACUUCAGCAUGUCAGGCAACGGCUGUGUCGACGAUUGUGCGAACCCCAUGUCGUGCAGUGGUGCAGUCAAUGGCAGUUCCGUCAAACACCUGACCCGAAAUGACAAGUUGAAGAACGCGAUUGAAGCAAACAAGGAAGAAUUCUGCAAACAAACUGCAGAAGAACCUGCAGAACAACCUGCAGAAGAACCUGCAGGACAACCUGCAGAAGAACCUGCAGAACAACCCGCAGAACAACCCGCAGGAGAAUUCGAGCCAUCCAAGCUGCAAAACUUCUUGGACAACUUGUGCAUUCAAGAAGGACAACGCGCAUGCUCAGAAGGUAAAACUCCUUACUGCGACGCCACGUUUUUCGCUCGUUACGACCUCGGGAACAAUGAGCAGAGAACAAAGGAUUGGCGUUGCUACGUUAAGGAAUCCCUUGACUUCAACAGGACCGGCGACGGUUGUGCCGACGGUUGUGGGAAUAUGGUGUCCUGCCCUGGCGCAGUUGACAAUGUCUCCUAUAAACACAUUUCUGUGGGCAAUAUAAUACAGUCAGCGAUCAACGCAUUCACCGAUGCAUUCUGUGAAAGUCCAGCAGAGGCGCAUAGGCCAUCCAGGCUGCAAGCGUUCUUGGACCAGUAUUGUGCUGAAGAGGGGGAGCGCGCGUGCGCAGAAGGAAAGACUGCCUACUGCAAUGUUACCUUCUUCGCUCGUCACGACGUAGGAAACAAUAAUCAGCAGCAGAGGGAGUGGCGUUGCUAUAUCCGCGAUUCCCUUGACUUCACCUUGGCCGGCGAAGGUUGUACCGACAAUUGUGCAAAUCUCCUGACUUGCCGUGGUGCUGUUAAGAGCGUCUCCUAUAAACACCUGUCUUUGAAUGAUAAGAUGAAGGCAUUGAUUGAAGAAAACAAGGCAGAUUUCUGCUUAGAGCAAGAAUCCAAACUUGAAGUCUUUUUGGACAGGUUCUGUGAUGAAGAGGGAAAGAACGCGUGCUCAGAAGGGAAGACCCCCUACUGCGGUGCCACGUUUUUCGCUCGUCACGAUGUAGGAAACAAUGACCAGCAGAGGAGAGAGUGGCGUUGCUAUAUUCAGGAAUCCCUUGACUUCAAACUGUCCGGCGAUGGUUGCCCUGACGAUUGCGCGAAUCUCCGUUCCUGCCGUGGUGCGGUUGACGGUGUCUCUUACAAACAUCUUUCUCUGAAUGAUAAGAUGAAGUCGGCGAUCAACGCAUUCACAGACGAAUUCUGCGAAGACAGAGUACCAUAUCAGCCAUCCAAUCUACAAAGCUUUUUGGACCAGUUCUGCGUUGAAGAGGGGAAGGCCGCGUGCGCACAAGGAAAGACUCCCUACUGCAAUGUUACCUUCUUCGCUCGUCACGACGUAGGAAACAAUAAUCAGCAGACCAGGGAGUGGCGUUGCUAUAUUCGGGAUUCUCUUGACUUCAGCCUGACUGGCGAUGGUUGUACCGACAACUGCGCGAAUCUCGUGUCGUGCCCUGGUGCUGUCAACGGUGCCUCCUUCAAACACCUGUCUCUGAGGGAUAAGAUGAAUGCAACAAUUGAAGCAAACAAGGACGAGUUCUGCAGAGGCUCAUCAGAAACAUCUGAGGCAUCAAGAGAGGAAACAACAACACAGCCGUCCACACAGCCAUCAAAAGUACAAUCUGCUUUGGACCAGUUCUGUGCUAAGGAGGCGAAGGCAGCUUGCUCAAGUGGACUGAAGGCAUAUUGCAACGCCAAUAUCUUCGCCCGUCACGACGUAGGAACUAAGGACCAGAAGAAAAAGGAGUGGCGGUGCUAUGUUGAGGAUUCCCUUGACUUCAGCAUUUCCGGCGAAGGUUGUGCGGACGCUUGUGGGAACUCCACGUCGUGCCUUGGCGCUGUAAAUGGUAGCUCGACUGUGCAUCUCACACGGGACGACGGAGCUCGCAAAGUUAUUGCGCAGAACAAGAGCGAAGAGUGCGGACAACACGGAGGCCAAGAAUCAGGUGGGAACAAUGGGCUGAAGGUUCCAGAGCGGGUUCCCGGUAGUGGACAUCUACAAGAUGUACUUGACUCCGAAUGCAUGGUGAUUGCUGCCAAGAUGUGUGUUACUGACGAAAGCAUGUGCCAAUACGCGGUAGCCCGCAAGGAUGGCUCCUCAUGGAAAUGCUACCUGUAUGGCGCCCUGGACGACUCUCAGUCGAGUGAUGCUUGCGCUGACGACUGUGGCAAUGCACUAACCUGCCCUGGUGUUCCACCGGCGGGGGGUGCAAGCAGCUUCGGCGGUUCAACGAUCGACGAGCUGGCCAAAGAGUUGACCGGUGCAACCUGCAAAUUGAGCAAGGAACAGGAGCAGAAGAAGGUCCACGUGCAUCAGCAUUGA